UAGGCCCCCAGUGGGACAAGUGCUUUUCAGCUGGCAGUUCAUAGCAGCUUCUGCUCCUUCUCAACUCUCAUUGUGUGGAAACUCAGAAGAUGCUUUUCUGAGCUCUUGGUAUUCUCAACAUUGAGAUCAUGGUUCUUAUCAUGAGUAGAAGGAGAGGAUGAAUGAGUGUGAUCUGCUAGGCCAGAGAGUAUAGCCCUGCUAUGUUCUCCUGUGGUCCCUUUAUCAUCCGAUUAAACCUGUAGGCAACUGACAUCUACCACAGGCCAUUGGAUGAAGUUAAAAUGGCCUCCCACAAGCAAAGCUUUCAAUGCUUUGACACCAUCAUGGACGACCCAUCUCUCAAGACCCCUUUCCCCCAUGGACACUGCUCCUCAGCGUCCUUCAGAGGCUCAUCCGACUCGACUAGACUGGAGUCGCUGGAGGAUCAUGGAUGCUAUCUCUGUGCCGAUCACCAGCAGGCCAAGGUGAUGGCUUCAGAGGCCACAGGAGCUUACUCAAACCCAUGGUAUCAUUUCCAGACACAUCCAAACUCUCAGCAGUAUUCAGUUAGGAGGCCCACUCGACCUGUGGAAGCUCCUGAUCAGGUUGAAGAUCACCACCACCACCAUCACCAUCAUCACAGGCACUCCAGGAAGAUUGUACUUGUGAAAAACAGUGACCCCUCUGUCCAGAGGACCAUCGUGCUGCACCGCAGGAGCCUGCGCAGUCUGGCGCUCUUCAUGGACGAGGUCUCUGAACUCAUGCAGUGUCUUAUCAGGAAGCUCUACACACUGGAAGGCCACAAGAUUGACAGUGUGCAAAGUCUGCUGCAGUGCCCGAGCAUUUUGGUUUGUGUGGGACGUGAGCCUUUCCACCCACUCCUGUUGGACAGCUUCAGGAAGAACUCUUACGACAAACUUCCAAGACUGAACACAAAGCAAUGCUCUAGAGUCUGCAGUGAUGAAAAGGGGGCCAAGAAAAAUGUGAACUUUGGACUUGAAACUAAAAGAAGCGUCAUCCAUCCAAGGUGUGAUUCAAGCAACAGAUCAGCAAGACUAUCCAUCUCAUCUGAAAAGUUGUUUCCCAAUGGACUUAACUCAUUACCACCAGGGCACAGAGGUGCUUGUCCUCAUCCAGGAGAAAAUACGAUGGAUGAUGACAUUGAAAAGCGAGUUCUGGUCAACAAAGACGGAAGCCUGUCAAUGGAGAUGAAAGUGCGCUUUCGACUAUUACACAACGAGACAUUGCACUGGUCCACAGAAGUGAAGAAGGCAAAGAGCACUUUUAAUGAAUCCCCUAUUGUACCUGAUGAUGCUUGUUCCCUCUCGCAUGGCAGUGCAGAGAGCUGCUCAGAAGCGGAUUCUCUCUCUGCUGGCGAUGGCGAUCUAGCAGAUGAGACAUACAGCACCAAACGUUACCAGAGACACUUUGAGGAGCCACAUUGCCAGCACUGUUGUGCUCACUGUCAGGAAUAUGAUAUCUGGAAGAAUCCUGUACCUCCUGAUCAAGGAUCAGUAAGACGCAUCAGAUCUUCAAGCUCAAGUGCAUCCUCGCGGAGAAUAGUGUGCAAAAAGGCAUCUACUGACAGCAUACGCACAAUGUCCAGUGAGGAGUACACAGAGCAUGUAGUGGAAAAGGCAACUUGCAUUCAACGGACCUUUGGGCAGCAGGGUGACUCCACAGUUGAACAAUGUACCAUCAACCAUUGCCACAGUCGAAGUGAAGUACGCUCAAUGUCCCCUAAAACAAAGAGCAAAAGUGCUGUAGAAGACAAGCGUGAGAACACUCAUGUAUCUGAAAAUGACAAGAACAGACCUGAUGUCAUAUCCUCUAACCUCCCUAAAGAUCAGUUAAGUGUUCAGAUUACUCAGCCAGUGGAGGAAGAGGAGAGGCCUGUAUCUGUUGUGAGUUCUUCUUCUCAAAUUUUAGCAUCACUGAAGGAGGAUCAAGAUGAUGAAGAUGCUGACCUUUCUCUGAGCACCUCGAGAACAUCCCAUGGCCAACAGGAAGAUAAGGAGAGCAAAGAUGCAGAACCAAACCCAUGUUCUACUACACCCUGUAAAUCUCCUGCAUCUCCUGCACAUUUGUCACCAAGACCACCAAGCAAAGCUUCAUCUUUAGGACGGUCUAAAAGAUCCAGAAAGUUGGUCAGUCCAGAAGUAGAUGAUGAAGAGGGCAGGUCUGAAGCAUCUGCUUCACCCAAAGCAUCAUCUGGAUUAAAAAAUUUGGUCACCAUGGAUUUAGCAUCUCCAGGAGAUUCUGAAUCAAUUGAUCAACUAGAAGACAUUCAACACAAAACUGAUGUGCAAGAUGAAGAAAAAGAAGAAAGGGCACCAAGCGCGCUGUCAGCCAAAUCAAAAACUUCUGUGAAGUCACUGUCUGAGUUAUCAGCCUCUUGUGAGAAUGAAAAUGCCGCUGAGUAUACUGGAGCAAACAGUGAAAUAAUAGAGGAGCGAUCCUUGAGUGCUAUCUCCAUAAAAUCCAAUAUCUCUGGAAAAUCAAAUAGAACAAAUGUUUCAGAUGUACUUGAAAAGGAUGGAAGAGCACCCAGUGCCAUGUCAGUAAGAUCUCAGAGAUCUGACAAAUCAAGAAAAACCGACAUCUCAGACAAUGUGUCUGAGGGACAAAUCUCUGAAGUAAGAACAUCAAGUGCUAUGUCUGUUAAAUCAAAUAUGUCUGUAAGGUCAAAAGUAUCAGAUGUUGGCUUUGUUGAGGCUUUACAAGACAAUGUUGAGGAGAGGGCCGUAAGUGCUGUGUCAUCUAAAUCGAAUAUUUCCGCUACAUCUAGUCAGUCUAAAGAGCCACAGUCUGAUGGGCCAUUAGAUGAAAGAAUAGAAGAAAAAGCUUCAAGUGUUAAAUCUGGAACAUCAAACAAGUCUGGAAUCAAAGUGGUGCCAAAUGAUGAUCAAACAGUGGAGAGGGCUCCCAGCUCCAUUUCGAUAAAAUCAAAUAUUUCUGCAAGAUCAAAAAUGUCAAUUGAGCUGAGCGAGCUUAAAGAUCAAGACAGAGCCCCCAGCAGCAUUUCUGUAAAAUCAAAUGUCUCACAUAAAUCAAAGUCUGACAUGUCAGAAGCAGCAUCUUUCCAAGGAGAUGAAUCUUUAAAUUCAGUGAAAUUAAACACACCUGAAGCUGAAGCAGCUCCUCAAACAGAGUUACCAGGGGAGAGACCACCAAGCUCUGUGUCAUCAAAAUCAAAUAUCUCUACAAGAUCCAGAAUAUCCAAAAAUCUUGAGGUAGACCAAGACGAAGCACAGGAAAAAGAAGAUGUUCAAGAAAGAGCAUCAAGUGCUAUUUCAGUAAAGUCUACUACAUCUGCAAGAUCAAGGAAAUCUGAAACAACACCAAAAUCAGGAGAAGAAAUGAAGGAACGUGCUCUUAGUGUUAUGUCAGUCAAAUCAAAUGCUUCUUUAAAAUCAAAUAAGUCUAAGAUGGAGGAGGAGGAAAUAGAAAACAGAGCCUCCAGUGUUUUGUCUGUUAAAUCUGAAGAAAAAUCUAAUCAAUCAGACAUAGAGCAAAUGGAGAAAAGACCAUCAAGUGCAAUAUCAGCUAAAUCAAAUGUUUCUGUAAGAUCUAAAGGGUCCAAAAUGUCAGAGGUGGCAGGAGAUGAUGAUCGAUUAUCUGCAGCAGCAUUGCAUACCUCUGAAACAUCAAAUGAAUGCAGCACAGCACCUGAAGAAACCUGCAAAGGCACAGAGAAGUCACCAGACAAAGAGAAAAGAGCACCAAGUGCAUUGUCAACAAAAUCCAGUAACUCUGCUAAAUCCAAGAAAUCCAAAAUAUCUGAUAUGGCUGAUGAUAUUGUAGCUGGAGAUAGAGAUGAUUUGAGAUCUGCAAGUGCAAUGUCCUCUAAAUCGAAUGUAUCUGUGAAAUCAGCGGUCUCAGAAUUGGUCACAGAAGAGCCUUUAGAAGCACAGGACCAAACAGAAGAACGGGCUCAGAGUGCAUUAUCAGCACAAACCAAUCAGUCAGGAGUGACUGUAAGUGAGGGAGUUGAAGUUGCAGAGGAACGGGCACUGAGUGCCAUGUCAUCUAAAUCCAAUGCUUCUGAAAGACCAAAAAAUUCCAAUAAUUUAAAAGUGCCAACUGCUUUGCCUCAAGCAGCAGAACACCAAACAGUGAAACGAGCUCAGAGUGCAUUGUCAGCUAGAUCAAGAGUUUCAACAAGAUCCAAUAAGUCCAAAAUUUCAGAUGUUUUAGCUGAUGAGCUUGUUGAUGUGAAAGACGAAGAAGAAGAGAGAGCUUCAAGUGCUUUGUCUGCAAAAUCCAGCAUUUCCGCAAAGUCGAAGUCAAAUGCUUCUGCAACAGACGUCAAAGCUGAUGACAAAGAAAAAGGAGACAGAGUACCAAGUGCUAUGUCAGGAAGAUCUGAUAUUUCUACCAAAACCAGUAUCUCUGCAAAAUCCAAAGCAUCAAAUGUUUCAGAAGUACCACCAGAAGAGCCUGAUGAUGAAGAAAGUGAAGUAAAAGCACCAAGCAUUACUAAAUCCAGCAUUCCAGUAAGAUCCAAUAAGUCAAAACAUUCAGAAAUGGGUACUGAAGAAGAGGUUCAGAACAUAGAGAGACCUCCAAGUGCAAUUUCAGUAAUAUCUGAUGCCACACAUGAUGAAAAUGAAAUGACAAAUGACGGUGAAAUUCAAGAAAGGGCUCCAAGUGCUGCAUCUGCAAAAUCACAUUCCUCUGUAAGAUCCAGAACAUCAAAAGUUUCUGAAAUAAUCAUAGAUGAGCCAGAUAAAGAAAAAUUAGAGAGGGCACCAAGUUCUAGGUCAUUGAAAUCUGAUGCCUCUGGAAAAUCUGGUCCAAAUGACCCUGUCAAUGAAGAAAAGGAAGCAAGAACAGAAAGCGCUUUGUCCUCAAUUUCUGUAAGAUCAAAAAAGUCAGAAGAUUCUGAGAUAAUCAGCAAUGUAGAGCGGAGAGCAUCAAGUACAGCAUCAGUUACAUCUGAAACAUCUGCAAGAUCUAAAAGGUCAAAUAUUUCUGUAGUUGCUCCUAAAGAAAUUGGAAACACAGAUACUGGAGGUGUCCGAGCAUCAAGUGCAUUGUCUGCAAAAUCUUGUGCAUCUGAGAAAUCAAAAUGUUCAGAAAGAACAACUGAGGAGGAUGAAGAAGCAAGUAAAGUGGUAGACAGAACAACCAGCUCUUUGUCUGUGAAGUCAAAUCCAUCCAUAACAUCGGAUGCCACUGUUAAAUCAAGUGUUGUGCCUACUAAAUCAAAUGCUUCUGCAAAAUCCCUCCUCUCAGAAGCUGAAGAGCCUGACAGAAGAUCAACAAGUGUGGCCUCUAAUGCAUCUGCAGAAACUAAAAUGUCUAAAGCAGAACCAAAAGCAAACCGUUCACGAAGCAAAUUGUCAGUUAAAUCAAAUGUAUCUACAAGAUCCAAGAAGUCUAACGUUUCUGAGGGUGAGGACCAUACACACACAAACACUGAAGAUACAGAAUUAAACAGAGAUGAGAGUCCGUGGUCCGAUCACUCAAAAGUAUCUCAAACAGAGAACUCAAAUGAAUGUAUUUGUGGUGCAAUAAACAAACCAUCAAGUCCAGUGGCAUCUUCUGAAAAAAACUUCGACCAUGAAGAGAUACCUGCAAGUCCUCUGUCAAAAAAGUCAGCAAAGUCCAAAGUCAGUUCAGUUGGUUCUGACUCUGAAAGAGUUUUAACACCAACAAACACCUCAGUUUCUAUUGGGAUUGUUGAAGACCAUGAGGCUGAUGAUGUCGAGGAAAUAGAUGGAAGUGCUGUUUCAAUUAACUCAAGAAUGUCUGCUUCUUCAAAGACUGAACUAUGUGGUAAAUCUGACCAGUGUUUAUCAGAAUCUUCAGUAGAAAUCACAAAUGAAGCAACACUGACACCAGAGGAAAGACCUAAAAGUUCUGCAUCAGCUAAGUCAAAUGUCUCAGGUAAAUCGAAAUCCAAAAGCUCUCAUUGCGGCUCAAAAUGUCCUACAGACACAAUUCAGGACGGAGAUGAUGAAGCAAGUAAUAAAUCCUCCAAAAUAAAGUAUUUAAUGACAUUAUCUGUAAGCCAACCAUCAGCCAACAGUUCAGGGAUUCAACCAUCUAGCAAAGCUUCCGAUAUGUCUGUACACACUGAAAUCAAAGGUCAAGAGAAAGCUGAAAGUCCAGAUGUUACCCAUACAUCUCAAAGUGUCUGUUCAAAAUGCAGUUCUACACAACAGAAAGAAAAAAUUUCACGUGCUUCAAGUGCCUCAGCAAUCUCAAACUCUGAGAAAUCCAAAACGAAAGAAGGAAAUACUACAGAAAUGACUGACAGACAAAAGAGUAAUAUAUCCAGUUCAUCUCGUUUGAAAGUAAAGGGUCAAAAGAAUGAUGUCGAAGCUACAGUUGUUAAUGAAAAAAGCUAUAAAUUAAAAACCAAGUCAACACAGAAAGUUGAAGACAAUGCACCCAAGUGUCAUUCAGCGACUUCUGUUACCUCAGGAAACCAGCUAAGUCCUAAAAAACCUAAAAAAUCCAAAAAAACUGUUAUUCUACUUGGAAGCUCUAAUGAUAGCAUGUUAUCGCAGACUGUCCCUGCUCCAGAACCGAAAGAAGAAUGUAUUGACCAUUUGAAUGCAGCAGCAAAAAAACCUCAGUCUUGUAGAUCUGAUACAAAUGUCAGUGAAAUUAAAAGUGAAAAAAGUAGCAAAUGUAGAAAAAGAAUUGGAAGUGGCUCUUCUUGCCACAAGAUGGAUGAUGACAUGUCUGAGCUGAGUCCUUCUUGCUUGCCAAAUGCUUCUCCAACUGAGGUGGUGAAUGAAUGGUUGAGGAAAAUCCCAUCAGACACCACCUUGUGUGAUUUGGGCGACGAAGUCCAUGACAGUUAUUAUUCGAUAGAGCCACUUUGCACAUCACAUGUGCCAUCAGGAGAUGAUAAUCAGCAUGGAAGUUUGCGGCCGAGUGAUGUUACCAAGAUUGAAACACAAAAUGAAAUGGAAGAUGCUCAUGUGGUGAAUACAGAAGGGGCUACUGACAAAAAAUCUCCUGAAGUUGCUGAGGGUGAUCACUCUCAGAGAGGGGAUGAACCAAAGAUAUUUGAUUCUUCGGUUCUGGUGAUGAAAGUCUUGUUGAGCCCCAAACUCGACCGAUGCAAUAGCCUACCAGAGGUAUCUUCUGUAUAUGGACGUAAGCUCAGUGCAUCAGCGCAAGGUCUUCUGGAUUGUUUGGCAAAUCUUCAGUUGUUAGACUUUGGUCCUAGUGAUGAAGAUGGUAAAAAGGAAAAAUACCAGGAGCUCAUGAGCAUGCUCAAGUCUCUUUGGCUUUGUGACCCAUCUGGGGAAAGAAACAAGCGUCUGGAUGAGGAAUUCAAAGCCAGGUCAUCCUCAGGGGUAGAUGUUAACAGUGGCUCAACAGGUUCAGGGAAAAGUAGUGUCAAUGAUGGCACUCAAGCACAAAUCAACACAGAAUGUGAAGUCCUGGAAACCCUGACAAAGGUACAGGAAGUUGAUGAAACAGUAGAAGGGGAAGCUUCAGAAACGCCCGGAUCAAAUGAUGAUUCAGCCACUCCAGACAUAGCAAAUCAAGCUCAGUUAACCCCAGAGACAAAGGACACAGAUGAAGGAAAGCUAAAAGAUGAUGUCCCAGGCUCUGAAGAGACAAUCAGGAGUAAUGAUAGUCCCAGAGAACUCAUUGAAACACCUCUUUCCUCAAACAAGAGUUCUGGGAAUAAUCCCAAAAAAGAGGAAACUGAAUCAGACCGUCAAGAGGACACAAGUUCAGGCAGUGCUCCAAAACAACAAAGAGGUCAGUUAUCAAAAAGGCUUUCUCAAGACCCAGAUCCUGUAUGGGUUCUGAAUUUAUUGAACAAGUUAGAAAAGCAAUUUAUGACACAUUAUGUUAACGCAAUGGUUGAGUUCAAAGUCCGUUGGAAUCUGGAUGACAACGAGCAACUUGAUGCCAUGAUAUGCGAAUUGCAAGAUGAAGUCCGCAGACGGAUACAAUCGAGUAUAGACAGGGAGCUAAGGAAAAUCCAAGGCAGAGCUGGAAGACCAAGACCACCAAAAGACACAAUGUCACGUGAAUCUACCAUUCAAACAGAGCAAAGGCGAAGACGUCUGAAAGUGAUGCGCAACCAAUCAGUUGAUCCACAACCUGCUAAAAGUGACGAUGAUUAUACAAUGACAGGGACCGAUUUCAGCGAUCAACGUAGCGAUGAUGAAUAUUGUCCUUGUGACACAUGCUUGAAAAAGAAAAUGGCAUCCAAGCAUGUGUUACCUGUGGAAAUGCUUAAUUCUGCCCCUGUGAUGAUGGACUUUGAUUUAAGAAGAAUUCUCCAGAUGAAGAAAUCGGCUCCAAACAAUGAAAAGAUUGAGGAGUCUGCCAAUGAACAAGCAAGUGAGAUGGAAGGAGAAAAUGCAGGGCUUGAGGCUGUCAAAGAGGAGGAUGAGAAAGAGGGGGCAGAUAAAGAAAAUCUUGCUUCCAGUGCUCAAGAAAUUGAAGAUGAAAAACAAGAAUGUGAGGAGGGUGAAGAAGAAGACAGUGCCUCUAGCUCUUAUGUAGAAGAUAGUUCAGAGAAACAAUCAAAUACACCCAGACAUUUAAAGAGAGAUGUGGAUGAAAUUGCUGAGAUGUCUGUUAACACAAUGACUGUGCAACAAGAUGAAGAGCAAGAAGAGACUGAGACUAAUUCUGAUUUAAUGGCUGUCAAAGAAAGUGCAAGCAGUUGUAAGAUUAAUGAAUUAGAUGAAAACCUGGCAAAUGAUGACAUUAGUGAAUUUGAUGACAUAAUGCAAACUGAAGCAGCAAAGGAGGAAGCAUCUGAAGAACACACUGAGGAUGAAUUAGAACAGCAGGACAAGACAGCUGAUGAUGAAACUGCUGAAGAAGGGCAAAACGCAGGAACCGAAUCUGUUGAAGAGAAGCACACUGAGGAUGAAUUAGAACAGCAGGACAAGACAGCUGAUGAUGAAACUGCUGAAGAAGGGCAAAACGCAGGAACCGAAUCUGUUGAAGAGAGUGAGGCCACUGCUGAAGCAGUAGCUGCUGGAGAGAAUGACAUAGCUGGUUGUGACACUCCAGAAGAAGGUGAGACAGCUGAGGGUGAGACAGCAGAAGAUGGACAAAUGGCUGAAUACAAAACUUCAAGAGAUGGUGAGGCAGCAGAAGAUGGACAAACUGCAGAAGCAGAAAGCACUACAGAAAAUGGACAAACUUCUGAAGAUGUAACUGGAGAAGAAUGUGAGACUGUUAAUGAUGACAAUGCAAAAGAGCAUGAGAUGGCUGAAAAUGAAGUUCUGGAAGAUGGACAAAGUGCCGAAGAUGAAACUGGAGAAGAAGGUGAGACCAUUAAUGACGAGAUUGGAGAAGUGCAUGAGACAUGUGAAAAUGAAAUGGCAGAAGAUGGACAAACUGCUGAAGAUGAAACUGGAGAAGAAGGUAAAACAGUUAAUAAAGACACUGCAGAAGAGCAUGAGACAGCUGAAAGUGAAACUGCAGAAGAUGAAACUGGAGAAGAAGGUGAGGCAGGUAACGACGACACUGCAGAAGAGCAUGAGAUGGCAGAAAGUGAAACUGCAGAAGAUGGACAAACUGCUGAAGAUGAAACUGGAGAAGAAGGUGAGACAGUUAAUAAAGACACUGCAGAAGAGCAUGAGACAGCUGAAAGUGAAACUGCAGAAGAUGGACAGACUGCUGAAGAUGAAACUGGAGAAGAAGGUGAGACAGUUAAUGAAGACCGUGCAGAAGAGCAUGACACAGCUGAAAAUGAAAUGGCAGAAGAUGGACAAACUGCUGAAGAUGAAAGUAGAGGCGAAGAUGAGACAGUUACUGAAGACGCUGCAGAAGUGCAUGAGAGAGUUGAAAAUGAAACUGUAGAAGAAUGCCAAACUGAAGAUGAAACUGGAGAAGAAGUUGAGACAAUAAACAACGACACUACAGAAGAGCAUGAGACAGCUGAAAAUGGAGAAACUGAUGAAGAUAAAACUGCAGAAGAAGGUGAGAUGACUGAAGAUAAAACCUCAGAAGAUGGACAAACUGCUGAAGCAGAAACUGUUGGAGAGGAUGAAAUAACUGAAGAUGAAACUGCAGGGGAGGGUGAGGCAUCAGCUAAAAAUGAAUCUAUAGACAAAGGAGAGACUGCUGAAGCUGAAACUGAGAGCAAUAUAGGUGAUGAUGAAACUGCAGAAAAGAGUGAGACAGCUGAUAACAACACUGUAGAAGAGCAUGAGACGGCUGAGAAUAAAUCUGUAGAAGAUGGGCAAGCUGAAACUGCAAGAGAGAGUGAUUCAGGUGAGGAGGACACCGCAAAAGAGAGUGAGACAGCUGAGGAUGAAAUGGCAGAAAAUGGCCAAACUGCUGAAGCAAGAGAGGGUGAGACAGAUGGUGAUGAACCAGCAGAAGAUGAGCAGAAUACUGAAGCUGAUGCAGUCGAGGGAGAUACAGCUGAUAAUGAAGCUGUAGAUGACGAGCAAACUGCUGAAGCUGAAACUGCUGAAGAGAGUGAGACAGCUGAAGAUGAAACAGAAGCAGAGAGAGAUACUGCGGAGGGGACAUCGGUUGAAGAAAGAGGAACUGAUGUACAAAGAGCCAAUGAAGAAGAAGACAACACAGAUGAUGCAGGAACUGCAGGAGGUGUGUCAGCUGAGGAAAAAGAGACUUCUGAAGUAGAAACAGCAGAUGAGAGGACCACUGAAGCUGAAACUGAGAUGUCUGAAGAGAAAGCUACUGUUGAAGAUAGCAACAUGGCUGAAGACAAGAAUGCUGUGGUAGAGUUGGCAGAGCAAACUCCUGAUCAUGAGACGACUGGAGAAGAGACUGACAAGAGUCAGUCAAACGAUGAGGAAGACAAGGAAAUUGUUAGUUGUGAAGCAGAGGAGGAUGUUCUUUCUCACAUUGAGGACACUGAGAGUCAUGAUGUCUUGACUAAUCGUGCGGUAAUUGAAGAUGAAACACCCCUUAAGAACAAUGGUGACAUUGUUCUAGAUAGUGUUGAUGAUAAAGGUGAAGAAAGUGAUAAAGAAGAUGAUAAUGUGGAGGUAAUGGCAAACAAAGCUGGUUAUGUGGCCAACACUGGUGAAUCAGCUGAAGCUGGUGAUGAAGCUGAGGAUGACACAGAGCCAGAUGUGGAGACAGAUGAAGGGAAGCAUAAUAGAAACGCUCUACCUUUACAGCCUCUGUUACAGCCAAAACUAAAAGAUGACAAACCAGAUGGAUCAACUUCAUUUAAUGUUUUGGUAAAGCACAAUUCAGAGUUUGAAGAUGGUGCUGAUGCUGAUGUAGAAGACUCAGAAACAGAAGAACACAACCAAGUCAUAGAUUUGAGUUCUGAGUCAGAAAGCAAGCCACAGAGGAAAACUGCACAUAAAACCUUCAAGAUGCUCAUUCACACUCUGAAUUUCCUCAAACUCUCAGCCGCUGGACUACCAAAGAGCAGGGAAGAGGAUAAUGAACAUGAGGUUGAAGAUGAAGAGACUCCAGAAGACGGCAGUGAUGAUGCAGAAGAGAGUUCCUGUGUGGAGAAAGAUGAGGUGGAAGAGAAUGGAAAGGAGAAGGGCAAACUCUCAGAUAUUACAGAGGACACAGCAGAAUCUGAGGAGGACCAGACAAAUGAGACUAGUGAUGAUUCAGAGGACCAUGAAUGGGAAUCAUCUGAAAAUUCCUUGCAAAAGCAGAUAACAAAGUCAUCCCAGGAAUCUCAGCCAGGUUCCUUUGAGGAAGUUCCCGAGGAACAGGCAAAAAAUCAGAAAGGUUUAAAUCAUCUGAAAGCCAACUGGUAGAAUCCUUCUUCAGCAUAAAAGAAAAGAACCAAAGAUGCUCUUUAGCAUGUAAAAAUGGUUCCAGAGGGGUUAUUUCUCUAUUAUCCUUAGACCUUAUAAUAAUUAUCAUAAGUUAGCCCUUUGGAUUCCUUAUUUUAUUGAUCAAAGAGUAACAUAUAAUGCACUUUACUUAUUAUUCACUUGUGAUUCCAUUAUAUAUGCAGAUUAUAUAUGCAAAAGCACUGCAUUACUGCUCAGGUACAGUAAAAAGGGAACUGCUGAAACUUGAAAAGCACAUAAAGCUCUUCUAACUUGAUGGAAGGAAAAUUGUUUAGAAUUUUAGUAUAUUUAUGUCAGAACAACAUAUUGCAGUUAUUUAUAUUAUUCACUCAGUUGUAAGCCUUAGCCAUUGGAGGGACUGUUGACAAGGGUAAAUUAUGCAUCAUAGUUACUGUAUCAUACUGUAUAUGUAUGUACUGCUAUACAAAUGUUCCACAGUGUAAAUGAAAAAUCACACAUCAGAGUGACAUGUAAUGGAAAUCAGGGGCAUAAACUGUGGUUAUGAGUGCACGAGAAUGAAUGUAUAUUGAACAUAUUUGAAUCUGAAUGUUUGAUUCAUUGUAGCAAUAUGAAUGAUCUAAUUUACUCGUAGGUUGCUUGUGGGAAAGCAUACCUUUAAAAACAUAAACAUUUUUUUAUCCCUGCUAAAACAUGAGAUGUCCAUUCCAUCUGACUUAGUCAGAAUAUGUACACUAAUGCUUACUUUUAAACUAAGUGCACUGAAUGCAGAUGUAUAUGAUUGACAUCACCAGAAAUCACCAAUAUGUAGCAUAUUGUGUAUUAUAAGGAUUGAGGUGCACACAUCAAGCCAUGCCUUAGAUGUUUUGCCACAUAAAGGACUGUACAUAUAAUGGACUAUGUUGUCUGUUUUGUUCACACAAAACUCUAAUGUGAAGUGAUGCAGAUGGAAAUGUGGUUCCUUCAUUGCAGUUUAUUUUCUGCUGGCCAAACGCUUAAUGGUUAACUGAAAUACAAUACAUUCCUUGUUACUUGAAUGUACUAAUUU